GCUCCACAACGGCCAGAGCACGUCAUGCUUUAUCGGCCGUAGCAAAUACAUGAAAUUAUUUGGUCGAACUGUUGACGUCUGAGCACACCGUAGAAUUGUGAAGAAUAAUUAAAAAUUGCAUUAUUUUUCUUUAUUCUAUUUUUUUUAAAUAAUUUUUUAAAGAAUAAAAAUACGUAUCCGUAGUGUGGAAUUUAAUACUUACACACAUACAGUUAACUAUAUGAUAUGCUUAAACGAUAUUAUCGUAUAAGUCGUUAGUUGAGUACGAAAGAGGAAUUACGCCGCAAUACUUGAAACCGCAAGAAGUGCAAAUCCCACAUGUACAGUGUAGUUUUUGCAACAAAAAAAAAAAAAAAAAUAAUAAUAUGAAAUGAAAACAUUAUUUAAUGAAUAAUAAAAAUUGUAUUAUUGUGUUAUUGAGUAAAACAAACAAGUGAAAAUUGAUAAAGCGAAAAGAGUCUAAUAAAUUUUAUACAUAACAAUGCAAUCGGUUAGUAGCCCAAGUCCACCAAGUACUCCGCACAUUUUGCUCAGUGCUGCAGGCAACGCCGCCAAUGAGAAACGCAAUAAAACGAUUAUGAAUUGUUUUCGGGAUCGAACGCCGAGUUACACGCGCCCCAAUUAUUAUAAUCAAAAUCAACGCCAGCCACAGCAACGUAUUUAUGAACAAAGCGGUACUGGCAGCAGUAGCGGUAGUGGUCGACCGGAAGCUGUUGUUUUUCUCAAAGAGUUACGUUCAAGUCCAAAUAAAUUAACCUUACUCAAGAGUUCAAGUACUCGCGAUCUCAGUCGUCUUGUGGACGAAGUAACUAUUGUGAAUUUUAAUAGUAACGGGAGUGUUGGUAUGUCAACUUCAUCCUCUUCCUCUUCAUCGAAUCACAAAAACACCAGUCAUACAAAUACUGGAAUAAAAAAUCUGCAAGAUUUAGAGAAACGGUUUUCACAGUUAGAAAAGGAUUUUCAGGAACAAAAGGAUUAUACAAAGUGUUUGGAAACACAAAUUCAAGAUUUAAAGAAACGAGUUGAUGAGUUAACAGAAGUGAAACAAGUAGAGAAGCGAAAAAAAUCAGCGAGUGUACGUAAGAACGUUAGCAAUCUAAAUACAAGUGUACAACCUUCCCGAUUUAAUGCGUGGUUACGUCUGACGAAUUUAUGGAAACAUCGACCAAGUAUUGAAUCCUUAAAACAGAAAAAUAUUUACAAUGACGAACCUUGUUUUGAUACGGAAAUAGAAAUGGUCCUAAAACAUGAAAUACACAAAACAGUGCCAAAAAUUGUUGUAGAUUGCUGUGAUAUUGUAUAUGAAAAAUAUCGUGAAUCGUCGGUACCGGUUGAAGGAAUAUAUAGACAGUGUGGCGAUUAUAAUAAAAUACAAACUUUGCGAUUUCGUAUUGAUGGCAAUGAUUACGAAUCGCUUCGGCAACCGAAUAUUGAUAUUCAUACAGUGACAGGAGUAUUGAAGUUGUUUUUACGUGAAAUUAAGAGUCCUUUGAUAAGUUCAAAUGAAGCAAAAACAUUUAUUGGAAAACCAAAUCAAUGGUUAUUAACUAAUUUACACACCAAAAUUGAAAUCCUUAAAAGACUGAUCCGAUCAUUACCAGAAGUAAAUCGUGAUACAAUGGAGUAUUUAUUUACACAUUUUAAUAAAUUAACUAAGGUUCCGUUGCAACAAAUCAGUGCAGAGACCUUAUCACUUUCAGUGACACCAUCAAUAUUUCAUACAGUACAAGGAGCACAAACUCAAGAUAUACAAGUUCUACUUAAAGAGAGUGAAAUUCUAGCGGAUUGUGUAAAAAUCAUGAUUGAAUACCAAAGUCGUAUAUUCGAAUGCACGGCUGAUCGGAGACAACGUCGACUUAAUGUACGGAGUUUAAGAAAGACGCUUUCGCAUCCCGAUUUAAUUUUUCAAAAUUUAUUUUAAGUAUAGGACUAAAAUAAAAAAAAAUAUUUAUUUUAUAUUUAAAUCCAGAAAAUUAUUUAAUAAAGUAAUCAUUUCCAAUUUUGUAAUACUCUAUAUUUUAAUCAGCAUUUACAUUAUUUAAUAUAAUCAUAGUAAUUUAAGAGUAUGCCAGUAAAACGUAUUAAAUAUAUUUUAGGCAUUUUCGUUCGAUAAUCGUGUGUUUGUAAUUA